CCAUCUUUUCCGGCCCAGGGAGCCAGGUUCGGCUAUAAAGAGUCGGCGUUCUUCUCCAUAGCUUUGCUGGCACCUAAUACCCCUGUCAUUACCACCACCGCCCCUUCCUCUUCCUCCUUCUCAUUCAACCCUCCCUCUCAGGUCAUUCCCUAACCCUCUUCCAGCCCUCAUUCCCACCAAGCGACGACUUUCGGACAUGACGGUCAUCAAGGUCGCCGAAUCCCUCGGACGAAUGUUCUACUUCGUCUCACCAAAGGCCACAACAUUCCGUACCCAACAAGAAGUACCUCCCUAUGUGGCCGAUGCGACGCCCUGGUUUGUAUUCUUCGUCCUUGCAGAACUCGUCUACUACAUCAUCAAGGACCAGGGCAAGGGUCUCAAGCGCCACGACGGCAAGUGGGACCAGGGCAAAUACAGGUUGAACGACAUGAUCGGAUCCCUAGGCGCGGGAUCGAUCCAGCAAAUGUCGCGUUUCUUCCUAGGCAGUCUGCAGAUGGUGACCUAUAACUAUAUCUGGGACCACUACAAAAUCGAGUCCAUCGCCUUUGAUACCUUCAAGCUAUCGACCUGGAUUGGAUGCUUCCUCGCUGUUGACUUUGCAUACUACUGGUUCCAUCGCGCAGCCCACGAGGUCAACAUCUUCUGGGCCGGCCAUUCAGUCCAUCACAGCAGUGAAUAUUACAAUGUAUCAACGGCGCUGCGCCAAUCCCUGGUCCAGACUUACACAUCCUUCAUCUUCAACCUUCCCCUGGCCCUGGUCUUUUCGCCUUCUCAAUUUGCGGUCCAUACACAACUGAACCUACUCUACCAGUUCUGGAUCCACACCGAAAUCGUGCCCCGUCUAGGCUGGCUCGAGUACAUCAUCAAUACCCCUAGCGCCCAUCGUCUCCACCAUGGCCGUAACCCUUACUGCAUCGACAAGAACUAUGCCGGAACACUCAUCAUCUGGGACCGCAUGUUUGGAACCUACGCCGAUGAGCGCGUCUACCCCGAUGUCGUCGCCCGCAAAGAGGACGAAGAACCCGUCGCCUAUGGAUUGACCCACCCCAUCAACACCUUCGACCCUGUCGCGAUCCAGCUGAGUCACUUCAAACAUAUUUGGAACAUGCUCUGGAUCACACCUGGUCUCGCCAACAAGUUCAAGGUGGUCUUUUACGGUCCUGGCUGGCACCCUGGCGUACCCCGCACGGGCCUCUUGUCCGAGAUCCCCGAUAUCGAUCUGAAGAACCCACCCAAGAAGUACGACCCCGUGUUGCCCUCAAAGUUCAAUUACUACAUUGCUGCUCACUUUACGAUCGUCAUCGUCGUCGGUAGCGCUCUGCUGGCAGAGGGAUACAAGAUCUUGCCCCUGUGGCAGACCCAGGGGGUCUGCAUUGCGUUCUUGAUCUCGUUGGUCGCGCUGUCAAAGAUGAUGGAUGCGAAGCCUUAUGGACUCAAGGCCGAAUUGGCAAGGACGUUGGGCAUCUUCUUCUUGGCAGAGUUUGUGGCAAGAUCGGGAUACUAUGAGCAGACGUAUUGGCAGAGACGGAGCACACUGAUGGUUGCGGACACGUUCUUUGUGAGCAGCUUGUUUUUGGGAUGGAAUAUUUACAAGUUGGGAUCUGGCUGGACCAAUAUGUCGACUGCCAAGUCGCUUGACGAGAAGGUCAAGACCAACUAGGUGCUUCAGAUGAAAAGAAGGAAAAAAAACCAAGAAUAGCAAUAAUAGUAAUAAAAAAAGAGAGAGAAAGAGAUUGCGG